AUGACAAGUCAAAAGAAGCCUAUUCGUGUUUGGGUUGAUGGUUGUUUUGAUUUAAUGCAUUAUGGUCAUGCUAAUGCCUUGAGACAGGCCAAAGCGAUGGGUGAUGUCCUUGUUGUUGGUGUUCACUCAGACGCUGAUAUUGAAAAGAAUAAGGGACCUACAGUGAUGAAGGAAGAUGAAAGAUAUGCUGCUGUUGCUGCCUGUAAAUGGGUUGAUGAAGUAGUUCCUAACGCGCCUUACAACACAACCGUCGAGAUUCUUAAAGAACACAACAUUGACUUUUGUGUACACGGAGAUGACAUUACGACUAUGGCCGAUGGUACUGAUUGUUAUCAAGCUGUCAAGGAUGCUGGACUCUAUAGAGAAUGCAAACGUACCGUCGGUGUAUCAACCACAGAGUUAGUAGGACGUAUGCUACUGAUGACCCGAGACCACCAUAAACGUCGAGCAUCAACCAGUAGCAAUACAUCCAUCAUGUCUACUUUUGAUACGAGUGAACUUGGACCCUUUAGUGCCAAUGGAGCCAAGACAGCAACCAUCUCUCAUUUCUUACCGACGUCACGAAGGAUUGUGCAGUUCUCGGAAGGAAGAGAGCCCAAGCCGACAGAUAAGGUGGUCUAUGUUGAUGGUACCUUUGAUUUGUUCCAUGUGGGUCAUAUCGAGUUCCUCAAGCGUGCCAAGGCCUUGGGCGAUUUCUUGAUUGUUGGUAUUCAUGAUGACCAAACAGUCAAUACGAUCAAGGGAGCCAAUUAUCCAUUGAUGAAUUUACAUGAACGUGCACUGAGUGUCUUAGCUUGUCGGUAUGUAGACGAGGUCAUCAUUGGUGCACCCUAUAGUGUGACAGAUGAAAUUCUGAAAGGAGAAUAUAAAGUGUCCCUUGUUGUUCAUGGCACAACGCACUUGGAAAAAGAUGUGGAUGGACGAGACCCUUAUGAGUUACCAAAAAAGUUGGGUAUUUAUAAGCAAAUAGAGACACCCAAGUCGACAAUUACGACAGAGGAUAUCAUUCAUCGCAUUAUAGAAAACAGAAAGAUCUUUGAAGAGAGACAGAGGCGAAAGAAGGCAAAGGCUGAGUUGGAGCGUCAAAAGGAGAUGGAAGAAAAGAGUAGAAAUAAAUAA